CACAGCCCACCACCACCUCCACCUCACUACAGCAGCCCACCACCUCCUCCACCACACAGCCCACCACCUCCACCACACAGCCCACCACCACCUCCACCUCACUACAGCAGCCCACCACCUCCUCCACCACACAGCCCACCACCACCUCCACCUCACUACAGCAGCCCACCACCACCUCCACCACACAGCCCACCACCACCACCUCACUACAGCAGCCCACCACCUCCUCCACCACAUAACUACAGCAGCCCACCACCACCUCCACCACACAGCCCACCACCACCACCUCCACCUCACUACAGCAGCCCACCUCCACCUCCACCUCACUACAGCAGCCCACCACCACCUCCACCACACAGCCCACCACCACCACCUCACUACAGCAGCCCACCACCACCACCAAAGGCAACAUGCCCAACAGAUACCCUAAAGUUGGGUGCAUGUGCUAAUGUUUUGAAAGGGUUGCUAGGGAUUGUGAUUGGAACACCACCAGUUGAACCUUGUUGCAGCCUCAUUGAGGGUUUAGUUGAUCUUGAAGCUGCUCUUUGCCUUUGCACAGCCAUUAAAGUUGAUCUCGGUUUAAUCCACCUUAAUGUCCCCAUUGAUUUGAGCUUGGUUCUCAAUGACUGUGGAAAGAGUCUUCCCUCUGGCUUCCAAUGCCCUGCAUAAACAAGGAAUCGCUCAGAGAGUUUGCUUGAUCCUGCUAUUUUUUGUAGGAUCAAGACCUUGUCCAAUUGUUCAUUAGGAGUGUUUGUUGGUGUCUAGCUAGCUAUUGUAAACAUUCCUUAAUAAUUAUCAUUUCUACUAUGUGAUGUGUACUACUCGUGCAAGUAUUGUCCCAAUGCAAUAAUAAAAUGUGAUGUGUACUACUCUUGUGAGUCUUGUCCUUUCUCGUAAUAUAUGACUUGUUACGACGUCA